UACAAACACAGCCCCCACAAUGUCGGAGGGCACAUUUCUGGUGUCCCUAACCGGCCAAAUCGAGUCACUCGACAUUUUAGCCCCCGCGGGAUCUUCCUGGCACUGCAAAUACGAGUUUGUCACAGGUCCGGACUGGAAAAUAAUCGGGGGGCUCGAAGCCGGCCUCUCCCAAACCGCCAACGUUGUUGUAAACGGCGCCAGAGUGGUUUUCAACCUCCCGAUUGAAAUCACUUUCAAAUCGACAAAUAUCUACGGAUGGCCCCAAAUUGUGAUCAGUGUGUACCGCGGGGUCCAGUUGGAGGGCUACGGACGGGCGCACAUGCCGCUGCGACCGGGGGCCCAUCGCGUGGACGUCGCUUUGUCCAAGCCCCAAGCCAGCUCGCUUUUGGGGCACAUGGGGGCGCUUUUCGGGUACCAACCCGAGUUGUUGCAACCGAAAAUGCUCGCAACCACCGCCGGAAAUCACUUGAUUCAAAUGUUGAGUCAUGGAGAGGUGAGGGUUUCGGUGAAUGUCGUAAUGCAAGGCGUGAGGAGUCUCGGAUACGACUUCGGGAGAGGCAAAGACUAAUUUUUAUAUUUUCAAAUUAGACAAGCGACGUUUUCGUGGCGAAUAACCUCAAUAAAUUAUUAUUAUGAACAAAUUCACAUUUGAAGACACUGACAUGGACGUAUUAGAACUGACCCACAUCGCAACUUAAACCUACGUGAUUAUCACAAGCCAUACAGUACUUCCACACUAAUGUGAACAAUACUAUCGUAAUUCUAUAUUUACAUUUUGAAUCAAUCUUGAUGAACUGUCCCAACAAGAAAAAGAAUUAGGCCCUGUGUUAGUCAACCUACCAAAUAGACUAGAAUAAAAGUAAACACCACGAAAAUAUGCAUAACAUUCGAAAAAGACAUCAUUUAUCAUUAUCACAAUUCGUAAAUAUACAAUUAAAGAGCAUUUCCGUGCUGUAUCCACGUUUUUUCGAUGUGGUCAAACCGGUGGGCCAGCCAUUGUUGCUCCAACAGUUGGUACCUUUCCUUACUCAAAUACAACGGUUUCCCGCGCCUGAAACCCAAAACUGUAACCUCAAACACAAAAAACCACAACUCACUUCAAAUCUCUAUCCUCCUCCUCAAAAUCAUCCAAAUACAACGAGCCCCAAAGACACGCCUUGUGCCUCCUUAUGACAAUAAUAUAAGUCGAUGUAACCACCAGAAACACCCCAGUGCCGGCCCCACACUCCGACGCAUGCGCAGUCGCCUCGCAAAUAUUCUGUUGUUUGCAACACAACUGUUUCAAACAAACAAUAGUGCCACACAUUAAACAAAUACCGGUUUCUUGCGGGACAGACUGACAUUGACUACACGGUCUCUUAUGGUAAUACUACAAAAAAAAAAAAUAAUUAGGAAAAACAAAUAUGCAACUCGUGCGACUCACAGUAAAAAUUUUCUCAUAUUCGCG